AUGCCUCCAAAGAAAGCUACUGCCGCUGCCGCUCCGGCCAAGGAGACCAAAGAGAAGAAGCCCGCCGCCGCCCCCGCUCAUGCCUCAUACAAAGACAUGAUCAAAGAGGCCAUCCUCAACUUGAAGGAGCGCAAUGGAAGCAGCCGACAAGCUAUCAAGAAAUACGUCAAGGCCAACAACAACAUCACCGUCACUUCAGAGACCCAAUUCGACUCUUUGUUCAACAAAGCCCUAAAGACCGCCGUCGAGAAGGGUGACUUCACUCAGCCAAAGGGCCCAUCUGGUCCCGUCAAGCUUGCAAAGAAAGAGGCUAAGCCCGCAGAGAAGAAGACGUCGGCAAAGAAGGAGAAGGCUCCCAAGGAGGCCAAAGAGGCUAAGCCAAAGGUCGCAAAGGCCAAAAGCAGUACAGCCAAACCCAAGACUGCCGCCACCAAAGUCAAGAAGGCUGCUGCUCCCAAGAAGACUACCGCCGCUAAGCCCAAGGCCAAUACUGCAACUAAGCGUGCACCCAAGGCCAAAGCCGCUAAGACUGAGACACCCGCCCCUGCCGUCACCGAUGUCCCAACUGUCCUAAAGAAGACAAAGUCUGGUAGAGUCACCAAACAAAAGGCACCCAGUGCCACCAAGAAGGCACCUGCAAAGAAGACCGCAGCGGCGAAGAAGCCCACACCCAAGAAAGCAACACCCAAGAAGGCUGAGGCAGCCGCAUGA